AUGAACUUUGAAGAGUACAGAGAAAAAAGGUAACUUGUUAAAGCAGUAGUAUAACAUUUAUUAGCUGAAGUUGAGCAAGCCCUUCAAUAUACAGUACUGGUACAUGAACAUUAUCUUCUGCCCUUGAUAUAUAUUUCUUUUUCCUUUAUCCAUAAAUUAAUGCUUUUUGUUUGAUAAUGCAGCAACAUUAACAGAGAAUUAAUUUCACUCAUGUGGCCAGCAUCCAUGCAAAUUUAUUGGAACAAAAGAAAGCAUAUACACAAGAAAAGAGCCCCCAUUCUAGUUACUCUAUUGAAAAUGCAACCCCAUUAUAUAUCUAGUCAUGAAAAUGUGGCCCCGCCCAUUCAGCAGCAUAUCCCCUUUAGCCCAUUACUUGGAAGUACCCCCCCACCCCCGGAGUUAAACCAAGGAUAAAAAAUGAACCUUGUGCAUUCGCUAGCCUAUAGUGGAAGUCCCCAGACCUUGCAGCUGCUCAUCUCCAUAGUGUAGGGUAUCAACAGCAUGUUUUCAUAAUUUUUAAACCAGAAAAGUUCCAGUUCAGAAGGACUCAGAAGAUGAAGGGAAUCCUCCAGGCGAAAAUGAAGAGGAAAAGUCAGAAAAUGAGCCCAAGCCGGUAAGAAUAACAAAAUGAAGCAACCAAGAAACUGGACCUUUAAAAUCUUAAGUAAUGUCAUCAUUGCCUAGAUUGUCCACACUGACUGUCCUUUAGAAAGGAGAAGUUCUUUUCUUUGACCUUUGUGUUUGAUUAAAUAAUGACAUUGUAAGGAGAAACAAGAUGCUGAUCACUUAAAGGAUUUCCCAUUUUGAUAAUGAGGUGGCAAUUAUAUGUUUAUGUUUCAGGUCAAAAAUAAAGUCAGGUUAAAAUUUUUAAACCUAGCUAGGUUGAUUCUCAAUUUUCUUUGUCUAGGACACAAAAGAAAUUGAAAACCAACCUAGGUUAAAAGAUUUUUUCACCUGAAUAUAAUUUUGACCUGUAACAUUCUCUUUUGCUACUUAACAGAGGUAAUAGCGCAGUGCUCUUUACAAACAAUUGCCCAUUAACAGAGGGCUAUGUUUUAACUUGUAAGACUUGGCCCUGAUGACUUGUUGUUCUGUUUGUUUAGGAGGAAAGUGAAGAAAAAAAAGUGGAAGAAGUAAUGGAGGAAGAAAACUGGGAAGAGAACUUCAAGGAGCACAGAGAUACAAGACCACGAGGUUACUUUUAGUCUGAAUCCAGUGUAGGUCAAUCAGUAACCAAGCUUGUGAGCAAGCUCCCAUUUGGGGGGAGUCAUGUGCAGUGAUAGAAGAACUGCUUGCAAAAGGAAAUCUGAGUGUGAGGGGUCGGGAAAGAAAGUUCCUCUGCCCCUUGCUGCUUUGUCGCUCACUCACACAUUCUCUCGCAGCUCCCUUCGUUUGCCUCAAUAGGAGAGCUGGCUUGUAGGCUAUCAGUAUCCUUUUACAAUUCUAAUAGUUCCAGGAAGUAAGCACUACGACAAGCAGGAAAAUUUACAGGUGACAGAGUUCAAAAAAAAGUUCUGUCUGGUAGUUUGGGACUAGUAGAUUUUCUUGCUGGGCAAGUAACUUUAAAGCGACUACUUGCCCAAUGGACAGGGGUCCAGGUAAGUCAUCCUCCAACAAAAUCAUUAUUUAAGAUGAGCAAGAAGUGGCCUAGGCCAAGCAAAAUGUGAGAGCAGCUUGCCCAGCAGCUUGCCUAAAGGACAAGCUGGAAUUGAAGUUUUUAUCAAGACCUGUUACUGCUUGAAAAGUGAAUCACUGCAUUCUUUUAUGGAAAUUCAGUGAAAGUCACUGUUUGUUUUCAUUAAUACAAAAUGAUGUGGUUGUGAUGAUUAUGAUUUAAUGAUUCUUAGGUCCUUGCUCUGUUGGUUUGGACAUUUCUUUCCUUGGUGUCGAGCACGUGUAUGGAAUCCCAGAACAUGCAGACAGCUUAGCCCUCAAGACUACUGUGUAAGCACUCAAAAUUCUUAACAAAUUUAAUUUAAAAGGAGAGUAUAUGCACAUGGAUUUAAUUUUUAAGUGGGUAUUCAUUUAGUGGUUUGCCAGUGUUAAGACCUGAAAAUUGGUUGUUUGAACCCAUCCAUGUGUUGCAUUCACUUCCAGCCCAAUGUACAGUGUAUUAAAUAAAUGUGGGUAACGGGGGCAUAGUGGUGGGUGUUAAGCUCUCAAUGGUCCAGCAUUUGUUAUGCCCAUCUACAGAGUUUGUAGAUCUCUUUGACUCAAUUAAGUCGAUAAAUUAACCAAGUCACCAAUUAAUUUAGUUACUUCUUCAUUUACUUUUUGCCAAAAGGAUGGAUUAACAUUUAUAGGUAGAAUACAAAUUGUGUAAUAUUACUACAGAGUAGAUGAAUUUACAAUGAGAAAGAUUGACACAGGUUAGGUUUAAAAGAGAAUGGUAAGGAGGCCACCAGAAAUUUAAGGGAAGGAGGUGUCCUCUUAUUCUGCCAAAUACAGGUGUAUAUUUUGUGGUUUUGAAUUAAUUUUCAUUUCUUCAGUGGUUCAGAGCCAUACCGCUUGUAUAACUUGGAUGUGUUUGAGUAUGAGCUGGACUCAAGAAUGGCUCUUUAUGGAAGCAUUCCUGUCAUGAUUGCACAUAGGUUAGUGAAAAUCAGCAAGAAAAAGCAUUAACUUUAUUAUAAUCUUUAUGUUAUUUCCUUGGCAUGGGCCUAAAGACAGCUGGUCAUUAGUGCAACUGUAAUGAGGCCUCAUAAGGGUAAAAUUCCGACAAGUAAUAUGGGCUUGAGAUAGCGACAUAAGAUAGAUAAAAUGGCAACAAACAACAUGAAGAUGUAUAGGUUAAAACAGCAAUAGCAAUGAGUAAAACCGCAAAUACAACAGUAAAAUACUAAUAGCGACAUGGCCUUCUCUUCAAUACAUGAAACAACUGCUUUUGAAAUUCAGAUAACGGACAUGUGUACACCCCCCUCCCACCCACAUUGUAAUAAGGCCUCUAUAAUUAGUGGGGUCAGCUCUGAAGUUGUGUGGGUUACCAGAUCCCUUUAGAGCAUUAGAUUCUAGAUUAGGAGGGUCUUUAAUUUCAGAAUAUCAAUGGUGAGCCUAGAGUGAAAGCAAAAAUAAAAUUACAUACAGCUGUAGUUCUUGAAUAUUAAUUAUUGUUGUUACCCAUUAUACCAGUAUUUUAAGGAUGUGCAUUUAAUAUUUUACGUUUGCUCAUCAGUUUUUUCUUGGUUGUUUGUUUACAGUGCUGCCAGAACUGUGGGUGUUUUCUGGAUGAAUGCAGCUGAAACCUGGGUGGACAUCAGUUCGUCAAAUGCAAGGAAGGUAACCUCAAAAUCAUCUAAUAAUAAUAUUGUUUUUUGUGCCUUAUAUCUUCAGUAUUUUAUUAUUAAAAAAUUGUAAAUUAGUAAUUAGACAUUUGAAGAAGUACCCUUGCUUAUGAGGUCUAUCCAAACACAUUGAUUGAAUUCUUAACUAUUAAAUUAACUAAGUACUGAAUUAUUAGAUUUCUAUACUGGAUAUUGUGAUUUUUAUGAAGUUCAUGACUUGAUAAUGUGUGAAUAUUGAAUAAUUUAUUGCGUAUAAUGUUAAGCCUUCAGAUAUAAGUUUUCCUUUUCUUUGUUAAACUUUUCCUCUUCUUAUAAAAAUAAUAUAAUAGAUAAGUAAAGUAAUAAAUAAUUAAUCUAUAAUAUUGAAAUGAUCUUAUUUUAUUAGUUUCCAUAAGUUUAAUCGUGAGGUAAUUUGAAACCAGUGAAGGUAAUUAAAUCUUGCUUGUUCUGUGGCAUAUAUUGCAAUAUUAAUUCUUGUCUUUGAAAUAGUUUUUCUUAUACUAAAAGACAGAGGAAACAACUGAACCCUUAACGAUUUAUUUCUGUUCAUAGUUAGAAAGUACUGUUAUCACUUUACAAGUUAAUUUGAAUUUCAGUUAAGAGGGUAAUGACAAAUGCUCUAUAAAACUUAUAUAAAACUUAUUAUAACUUGUCAUCAAUUCAGUAAGUGAUAAGUUUCUUUUUAACUGGUGCUAAAGAAUUGAAAAAUAACGCUGAAGUACUUGUUGUAAACUGUUAUAACAGCAUUUACCACCAGGAAAACUAAACUGAUCAGUUUUGCAAUUGACUGCUUGAAGAAUAAAAUGAAAGUAAACUAUAAUAGAGGAACCAAAUGCUUCUUACUCUUGUGGCUUUAAGUUACACAAUGGAGUAGUUCUGAAACUAUCAAAUUAUGAUCAUGUGCAAUGCUUGAUCAAGUAUUAGGAAAUCAGUGUUUAACUUGCACCAGUCUUGAAAUUCCUCCAAAACUGAUCGAGUGUAAAGCAGCUGUUUCAUGAACUUAAGCCAAGUGAUGUUUUGUUGUCACACUGUACCGAUAACAUAUUGAAGUGCUGGGUCUUUGAAUUAAAUAUUUUUACCCUGGAAAACUCCUGGAGUUUCAUCCUCUCUCAGUGGUAUAAACCCUGUGAUUAUAGACAUCUUUUGGCAACAUGUUGAACAAAGAUUUAUCUGUUUAUGGAGCAUUUGGACAUUACCCUCUGGACAGUCAGUUGUCACACUGAACUGGUCCGGUACCUUAGUCCUGUUGUGUUUUGCUCUGCUUUUGUUUUUCAGUCCAUGUUUAACUCACUGAUGUCCUUUUUCAAGGAAAAUGAAGAGGUGCCUCAAGUUGAGACUCACUGGAUGUCAGAGAGUGGCAUCAUUGAUGUGUUUGUCAUGUUAGGUCCAAAACCACAUGACGUGUUCCAGGAAUAUGCUUCAUUUACUGGCACCACGGGGCUGCCACCAGUAAGUUUUGCCAGGCUGUCAUCUGCUUAGUCUACCACGUGUACAUUUUUUGACUUGUCAUGCAACACCCGUCGUUUAAGAAGGAACAUUGCAUGACAGGACUAAGACAGGCUUCUUAGGCGGCUAUCAUCUACUUUGUUUUCAGAAUAACUUUGCCUGUGGCCCAUGUGAAAGAUAAUUGAAAGGGGAAAGAGAGCGUUGGAUGUGUGUCAUCUUGAAGGACUAGUUGCUGUAGUAUUCCCUCCCUCUCAUGCAUACCCUGCUCUCGCUCUUGUCCCUCUUCCUGUUUUUUUAAAUGCCCUCCAAGCUGUAUUUCCUCUUCUCUUUUGGUCAGAGGUCUUUAAGAUACAAGUCAAUUCAAUAAAACCCAAAUUUUCCUCGUCCAUUCUUUUUUAAUUUUUUUCCUACAGAUAUUUGGAAUUGCUUAUCAUCAAAGCAGAUGGAAUUACAAUGAUGAAGAUGAUGUCAAGAAGUAAGUUUGAGACCUAACUUUAUGUUGGAAAAUUAAUAAUACACUGUAGAAGCAAGUUCUAUGCAAUUUUAUAGGCCAUCUGCUUGAGGAUACCCUUUCCACAGAGAGGUAGAAGACCAUUCAAUUACUAUACAUUGACCGACCAGCAAUCCUUAGAUCUUAAGCAAGUCAUGAUUGAGUUCUUUAAGUAAUGAUUUUAAAGGUCUUUGAUUAUAGACCAGGAGUUUAAAACCUUUGAAUCUCUAAUACUUACACUGGGUAUGGUUUUUCGAUGAUAUUAUAGACCAGCCAGAGUUUAAAACAAAUGCACGAAGCUGAUUUUAGACUUAUUAUCUAGCUUGUUAUAAUCUUAUUCUAAUUCUGUUUUUACUAUUGGUACAAUAAAAUUUUUGUUAUUGUUGUGGUUGUUGGCACCCAGGGUGCUGAUCACAGGAAAAAGUGUGUGGGCUCUUGACUGGCUGAGAAAGUGGCACAAACAUUUUAUUGUAUUACAUACAAACCCAGCGUCAAAGAAGCAUCAGACCUCUAUUAAAAACAAUAAAAUAACAGCUUAAUUUGUAAGUAGGUGGAGCACGAUUGUCCAGGUGAUUGUAGUCUUGUCAACAACAGUCCUAUUCAGGACUACUAUCAGGUGGAUGAUCAUGCUCCACCUACUCAUGAAACGACUCCUGGGUUCACACCUUUCACAGCUUAAUUUGUAUUAUUAUUGUAUUGCAGUGUAGACAAAGGUUUUGAUGAACAUGAUAUUCCAUAUGACGUGCUGUGGCUGGACAUUGAACAUACCGAUGGCAAGAAAUACAUGACUUGGGACAAGCUUAAAUUUCCCACUCCAGACCAAAUGCAGAAAAAUCUUGCUGCAAAGGGUCGUAAGGUUAGGUUUUGUUACAAUUGUUGCUAUGUUGAUACCUACCCUUCAAUCCCUUCCCCCACCCUCUCAAAUUCCAGGCAGGUAAAUAAGCUCCUUGGGACACACCCCACCCAUAUCUGUGGAGUGCACAGCCUUCUUUGACAGUGUUACCGAGCACUUAAUUAGUGGGACACAUAAUCAAGGGAAGGUUGAACUUUUAGCAUUUAAUGAGUGGUCCCUUUGGAAAGCAGCUAUUUUCUCCUCGAUAGUCUCAUUUUUUUUGUGGGAAACAAAUUAACUGCUCAGGUCUCCUGAGAGACCACUCGUUAAUAGAUUUUUAUUGAAUUGAUUUGCCCAACAGAGAAAUUUUAACAUCCAUCGUGAAAUCAAAGUAGCGGUGCUGGUGGGGGUUCUCUAUAUGGUGGCCUAUACGGGGAGGCUCCGCACAAAAGGGGUGCUUUUCUUUGGUUUCAGGUAUAUGAAAGGUUAAGGGUUUGGCUAGUUGAAGGAUAGGAAAGGGUAGGGAAACUGCCAUUGUUGUCUGUGAAAGGACCUGAUAGGGCUACCAAGAGCAGGCCACAGCAGGCGGGACACUUUUUCAUUGUUUCAUGAAUGUUACCUUGGUAACAGUGAGAGUGUGCUCUCCUGAGAAAAAAUUCCAGCUUUAUACCAAAAAACCAUCCAUUUUUGAUGUAAUUGAUGUUCUGAUGUAUUUCUUUGUCACUGUUUUGGGUUAUAGAUGGUUACCAUUAUUGAUCCUCACAUCAAGCGUGAAGGAGGAUAUCACAUUCAUGAGGCAAGUUUAACAACUUAACUCACUGAUCCAAAUGUCCUUUUUUAGAUAAAGAGACUUAAAUGGAUGAAACAAUAUUAAUGUAAAAACAGAUAUAUAUACAAACAUAACAUACUAAAAAACAAAAAAUUCAAUCCAUCACUCACGUUUCACACUUGUCUUGGUGCGAAAAACAAAGCGCCUGAGCAGAAGGUAGAAUACUGUUUCUUUUUAACAUCAAGAAUGCACAAAAUGCCCAAAAGUAGCACCAUAACAGACGGUGUUUACACUUUACCGGUCCCAUUUUAGACCAGUGUUCGAAACAAAGGCACAGUAAAAGUGUUCAGUAUCACAGUAGUUUAGUAACCUGGUUUUCAAUGCUGCAGGAGGCUUCAAGGCUUGGUUAUUACAUAAAGAACAAAGAUGGUGGAGAAUAUGACAACUGGUGCUGGCCAGGUAAACUGAAUUUUACUCCUUUUGAAUGAUAAUAAUAAUCAAUUCACCAAGGAAAACAGAGUACAGUCAAACCAUGUAUGAUAUAGACCUGAACUGAGUGAUCACACAUUGCUAAGCAGACAUUUAAAAAAAACGUCUGAUAAUAUUCUGGCAUCUAUAGUUUCAACCAGUUGUAGUCAUCUCUUACAUGGUUCCAGCAAGUCAGUUUUCUUGUCUUUAUGGUUCACUACAGAGAUAUCACAAUAGUCAACCAAGCACGUUUGUCUGUGACCAUAACUGAUUAGUGAUCUCUAAUUUGUUUUCUUUUAUUACAAAGAAAAAUAUAUUAUUUUCGUACCCUUGAUUUACAUGCAAAACAGGCAGAGGGCAACUCAGAAAAACCCUAUCUGGGUGACAGCUCAAUACAUUAAAAUGCGUGAGUGGAUUACCUUUUUGCUCAAUCUAUAUUCCCCAUGUUUUUAUAGGAAGUUCAUCCUGGAUCGAUUUUACCAAUCCUGAAAUUCGCAAGUGGUGGGCUAGCAAGUUUGCCUUGAGCGAGUAUCAGGUAAUUUGAAAGUUUCUCUUCAAUGGCAGAAUAACCUCCCCCACACCCUCUCUAGUGAAAAAUAGACACCAUUAACGCGAGGCUUGCGUCAAAAAAACACAGUGAUUUGUGUGAAAUUCCCCACCUAAACCUUAGCCUGCAUGCAAGCUCUGUCAAUUUGAGAUAGCCGCAAUAUGUCACGCCUGAGUGGUACGUGGAAGGCGAUACGCAAGCAAGGGUCAGGGGAAGAAAGGGAGCUCGACUUCGAGCGUUGUGUGUGGUCAGUCGAUGGUGGGAAAGCGGAAAAAGUGUAUUUCAUUUUGAACGACUGAAAUUACAGACUUCCAUUUAUAGCACCUCUCAGAUUAUUUUGUCCAGUAGGACAAUCUUAGGAAUGCUAAACCAAUUUUGAACAAAAAAAAAAAUUUUUUUGCCAAACAGAGAUUUUGCCUGUUAAUUAGUAAUCACACAGGAACGCUGGAACGUACCGCUUAGGAGCUUCGAUUUAGAUUCCAUACUCUGCCUCUUAUGUCAAAACCCUUUUAAUACCAUUGAUACUGUAAGUGAUCACUUCUUUUUUUUUCAGGGUUCAACCGAAACUCUCUUUACCUGGAAUGACAUGAAUGAGGUGAGUCAUUUGUGUAAGUGUUCUCUUGCUUUACAAAUUACGAGAGUGAAAUUUGUUUAUUUUAAUUUAUGGUCAUAAUAUUAUCACCUCACGCACUACCCACGUAAAUUGUCUCGGAUCUUAGUUUUCAUUAAUUUUAGCCUGUUUUUUUUACUGUAAAGCAUGUUAGAUAUGUCAGCCUUUGAAUCUCUGUAUGAUAGCCAGGCAGUUUAAGCAAGGACUACGCAAUGAUAGAAACGGUUUAUCGUAAGGUAACUUUUUAAAACCUUUGCUCCAAGUGACCUACAAGAUAUAAGAUGCUGGCAUUUUUUCCACAAGAGCCGACCUGGCCAUGGUUACCGCCCGAAACGUGCCUACCAUGUGCAUAAAGAUGACGGAUAAAUGACCUAGUGUCUGGCUGAAAUUGUUUGCUUUCUUUUCCACUUUAGCCAUCUGUGUUUCAUGGCCCAGAAAUAACAAUGCACAAGGAUGCGCUGCAUCAUGGAGACUGGGAACAUCGUGAUGUACACAACAUUUAUGGCUUCUAUCAACACAUGGCUACAAAUCAGGGACAGAUUGACCGCUCAGGGGGUAGGGAGAGGCCGUUUGUGUUAUCAAGGGCAUUUUUCGCUGGCACUCAAAGACACGGUAAGUCUCCCUUUACAACCCAUUCUCACAACCAAAGUUUCGAAAUAAUAACUCGCUAUUGUGUUGAAUCUUCUUACUGAACGCACCUUUAUCACCAAUGGAUUGUUUUGUCAGUUGACGAUCGUUAAAAUAGUUUUGGAAGCUGGAAUUUUAGUGUUUGAUUUUUUUCGGUGGGGGGGGGGUAAGGAGCGCUGGGAGGUAUGCAGCCUAUGCAAAUAAGAGUUUAGGCAGCAUCGUUUUUGAGUGACGCACGUACACCAGAAUCAGAAUUUUGCUCUCUUGAGCGGUGAUUUCAAACAUUUAUUUGGGCAAAUCUUCUCUGAAAGAGUAAAAACACUUGCAAUACAAAUUUGGUAGUGUCAAGACACAUUAAAAGAGAAAAAGGCUCACUUCUGGUUGACAUGCGUCGCUCAAAAAUGUCCCUGCUUAAAUGCACAUUUUGUUGUAAUUUUGAUUAGUGGUGAGUGAUUUUAAUAGAUAGGAGGCCUGUGUUGCCGUUGCGCAUUGAAUCCAUUGAAUACCGAUUGAGCUUGUUCCAACUGAGUAUCUCGGUUCCAGGUCCCAUUUGGACAGGUGACAACAUAGCAAACUGGGAUCAUCUCAAAGCGUCGCUUCCCAUGGUGCUUACAUUGAACCUUGUUGGCUUGCCAUUCUCAGGAGGUUAGUCUCUUCUUUCUAUUAAAACAAUGUUGAAGACCAGUGAAUUUUAUCAUUGAUCCGGGACCGUGGGCACUGUUAAAAGUAGUUACAUUGAACCUUGUUGGCUUGCCAUUCUCGGGAGGUUAGUCUCCUUUUUCUAUUAAAACAAUGUUGAAGACCAGUGAAUUUUAUCAUUGAUCCGGGACCAUGGGCACUGUUAAAAGUGGUUACAUUGAACCUUGUUGGCUUGCCAUUCUCAGGAGGUUAGUCUCUUUUUUCUAUUAAAACAAUGUUGAAGACCAGUGAAUUUUAUCAUUGAUCCGGGACCAUGGGCACUGUUAAAAGUGGUUACAUUGAACCUUGUUGGCUUGCCAUUCUCGGGAGGUUAGUCUCUUUUUUCUAUUAAAACAAUGUUGAAGACCAGUGAAUUUUAUCAUUGAUCUGGGACCAUGGGCACUGUUAAAAGUGGUUACAUUGAACCUUGUUGGCUUGCCAUUCUCGGGAGGUUAGUCUCUUUUUUCUAUUAAAAUAAUGUUGAAGACCAGUGAAUUUUAUCAUUGAUCCGCGACCACAGUCACUGUUAAAAGUACAUGUUGGCACAGUACAUGUACUUGAGUGUGUGUGUGUUUUAUUUCACUAAAGUUUAAGUAUUACCAUAAAAAAUUCUAAAAUGUAACGCCACUAAGAUGCGUAAAAUAUAUCUGUAGACAGGAAAACUCUGAAGUUUUAUUUUUUCAACAACAACAGUACACUGUAUCUGUUUUUACUUAAGCUCUCUGGCAUGACGCAUUUGGAGAAAAUCAACGCUUCGAACAGGCAGAUUAAUUAAGAUUAACUUUGUAAUAUGUUGGUAAAGUUUAAUCGGAAAAGAAAUGAAAUACUUGUGGUAGCUGUGUGUAACACUGUGCCUCCUUAUUAAGUGAACUAUGUUUGCAUAACACAGAUUCUCUUUAUUCUAUCAUAUUAAUGAAUGACUCACCUAAUGUAUUAUGAUUUUAGCUGAUGUAGGCGGCUUCUUUAACAACCCUGAUCCAGAGUUGUUAGUCCGAUGGUACCAGGUGAGAAAAUUGUUCUUCACUAUCUUUAGUAAAUGUUAUGACAUGUAGUGGCAGGAAUAUGAUUUUCAAUCUGAGACCUGGAUAAUUUCUGUGAUUUGUUUCAGGCCGCUGCCUUCAUGCCAUUCUUCCGUGCACAUGCGCACUUGGACACAAAGCGUCGUGAGCCGUGGCUGUAUGAAGAUCACCAUAAGAAGAAUAUAAGAGAUGCAAUCCGUAUGAGAUACACAAUGCUCCCUUAUUGGUAUACCCUGUUUUAUCAUGCCUCUGACACAGGAGCACCACUCGUCAGGUAACUAAGCUCUCCUUCGUAAAUCCUAGCGUGUAAAAUUACUGGUAAGGAGUAAUUAGCUGAAUAGCUAUGCAAUCGAUCUCGCUCAGACACGUACAAAAUUUCGUCAUUUGUUAUACAAGACCAGGGUUGUCAAAAUGCGCCGGCGCUAUCACCGGCUACUUUAAGCUUUCCAACUUUUUGCCACCUGUAAAUUAUUAAAAAGAAGCGAAAAAAUGGACAGUUAAAAAUGUUGUCAAAUAGGUGGUUUUCAUGCAAUCUCGGGAGACACAAAUAACAAUGGUGAAAUGAACAAAUGCUGGUGGACAAACAAAGCGAGCUAAUGAGCGAUCUUUUGUUUACCAUCCACCAGCAUUGCGGCGAUGACGUAACAUAAAAACCGCCUAUAAAAAAAGGAAAAGAAAUUGUUUUAAUCAUAAUCUCCACGUUCUUUUUUGUGAGGCACCUUCCCUACCAGGGAAACACAUAUCCCCAGUGAUAAGUGUUCCCCUACCCUCGAAACACAUAUCCCUAGUCAUAUGUCUUCCCCCACCUGGGAAACACGUAUCCCUAGUGAUAUAUGUUCCCCCACCUGUAAAACACGUAUCCCUAGUGAUAUGUGUUCCCUCACCUUGGAAACACAUAUCCCUAGUGAUAUGUGUUCCCCUACCUGGGAAACACAUGUCCCUAGUGAAAUGUGUUCCCCCACCUGGCAAACAUAUAUCCCUAGUGAGAUGUGUUCCUCCACCUGGGAAACAUAUCCCUAGUGAUAUGUGUUCCCCCGCCUGGGAAACACAUAUCCCUCGUGAUAUUUGUUCCCCCACCUGUAAAACACGUAUCCCUAGUGAUAUGUGUUCCCUCACCUUGGAAACACAUAUCCCUAGUGAUAUGUGUUCCCCUACCUGGGAAACACAUGUCCCUAGUGAAAUGUGUUCCCCACCUGGCAAACAUAUAUCCCUAGUGAGAUGUGUUCCUCCACCUGGGAAACAUAUCCCUAGUGAUAUGUGUGCCCCCACCUGGGAAACACAUACCCCUAGUGAAAUGUGUUCCCCCACCUGGGAAACACACAUCCCUAGUGAUAUGUGUUCCCCCACCUGGGAAACACAUAUCCUUAGUGAAAUGUGUUCCUCCGCCUGGGAAACACAUAUCCCUAGUGAUAUGUGUUCCCCCACCUGGGAAACACAUAUCCAUGGUGAUAUGUGUUCCCCCACCUUGGAAACACAUAUCCCUAAUGAAAUGUGUUCCCCCACCUUGGAAACACAUAUCCCUAAUGAAAUGUGUUCCCCCACCUGGGAAACACAUAUCCCUAGUGAUAUCUGUUCCCCCACCUGGGAAACACAUAUCCCUGGUGAUAUCUGUUCCCCCACCUGGGAAACACAUAUCCCUAGUGAAAUUCAUUUCCCUACCUGGAAACACAUAUCCCUAGUGAUAUAUGUUCCUCUACCUGGGAAACAGAUAUCCCUAGUGAUAUGUGUUCCUCUACCUGGGAAACACAUGUCCCUAGUGAAAUGUGUUCCCCCACCUGGCAAACAUAUAUCCCUAGUGAGAUGUGUUCCUCCACCUGGGAAACAUAUCCCUAGUGAUAUGUGUUCCCCCGCCUGGGAAACACAUAUCCCUAGUGAUACGUGUUCCCCCACCUGAAAAACACAUAUCCCUAGUGAUAUGUGUGCCCCCACCUGGGAAACACAUAUCCCUAGUGAAAUGUGUUCCCCCACCUGGGAAACACAUAUCCCUAGUGAUAUGUGUUCCCCCACCUGGGAAACACAUAUCCUUAGUGAAAUGUGUUCCUCCGCCUGGGAAACACAUAUCCCUAGUGAUAUGUGUUCCCCCACCUGGGAAACACAUAUCCCUGGUGAUAUCUGUUCCCCCACCUGGGAAACACAUAUCCCUAGUGAAAUUCAUUUCCCUACCUGGAAACACAUAUCCCUAGUAAUAUAUGUUCCCGUACCUGGGAAACACAUAUCCCUAGUGAUAUGUGUUUUCCCACCUGGGAAACACAUGCCUGCUACUUUCUGUUAUUUUCCUGCUACCUAAAAUCUUUUUGACAACCUUGCAAGAUGGUUUUGAGUUCGGGUUAACUGGGCUGCAGUAGUUUAAAAUUAACGACUUAAUUGCUUGGCUGAAUACAUACAGGGAACUACCAAUAUUAGGCCUUUAUUCAAGGUUUUUUGCUAUUCACAUUAAAAACCCUUUUCGUUAAAAGUUUAAACGGGUUUCAUUUAGGUUUACUGGCUUCCUUUAUUAUGUUUCGCGCUCAUAGUAAAGUGGAUUGACGAAGAUCUAAACAGAGUUUACACCCUCCUUUAGAUUACCUCAGAAAAAAAGCUGAGUUGAAGGAAAGGCCCUUGGAUAGGGGCUUUAAAAUGUGGCUGAACGUAAGCUAGGCGAGGUUAAACACAAAACAAUGCUGGGCAGCGGUCUCCGUUACCAAUCGUAUGUGGGGCGGGCUAAGGGCUUUUUCAGGGCCCAGUAUUUUUACAGCACUCCUUUGCAGGUGAAGACAUUUCGCACGCGUUGUCUUUACUUGUUCUUGUGUCAAAGCCUUUUUGCUCCCAGCCCCCCCCCCCCUCCCCCCUUCCUCUCUGGGUGGGUCUUCACAGGGUUGUCAUGGUUACCUUCACGUUCGCCUGCGGCUCUUUCAGUUUACUCAAGCACCUUCCCCACACCCAUCUAUUGGUGAUGGGCUCAACAGAAACGUAAAGUAUGGCUCUCCCUGCCAGUUUGGUUCGUUAGGCAUUUUUAACCAACAGUUGAUUUCUAUUUUCACUCUAGGCCUCUCUGGGUGGAGUAUCCAGAAGAGAAGAACACGUUUGCGAUGGAAGAUGAGUUCUUGCUUGGUAUGUCGGUUUCUUAUUUUUUUUAAAAAUACAUCAUCAGGGUCAUCCGUCAGAAAAAUUUGGUGCAUUGUUCUGCCACUUUUGAUGAGGAAAUCUGAAGUUUUGCAAAAGACAUGAACCUGUCCACCAAGGUAGUUUUUCAUGAACCCCGCCUGUGCGGAUUUGUGCUGUGAGUUAUUGCGAUCACGGACAGACGGGCACCCUAUAGAAAAUGUCGGGGUGGUGAGUUAUUUUAGAGGAGUACAGACCGUUUAAAGACCCAAAAGACCCUUCCCGGCUCUAAGAAAUCAAAUCAACUGUUAUUUAUUUAAGCUGUUUUUCUGUUUAGGUAAGGAUCUUCUCGUGAAACCCGUGACCACUCAAGGUCAGAAUUCCAUUGAUGUUUAUCUUCCAGGAAAAGACGAGGUAAGCAAGCCUAACCCUAACCUACCUAACCCGUAUUUCCAGAUGUAAGUGUAAUCUCCAUGUCAACUUUCUCAUUCAAUCAGCUGUAAAAAACAUAAGUUAUUCAGACUAACUCACUCACGGGUAACGUCCCCCGAUCCCCGCCGCCUUCCCUUCACUGGACAAGUAUUUAAUUCGAGUUCUUAUUGUUUUGUGAGGUUGUCUUCGUGUAUUGUGAUUGGUCAGCAGAGUAGUUACCUUUCCUGGUUCCUGGUUUGGUGUUACGUCACUCAAUUUGUGUUCUAAGUGUCCCGGCCUUGACUGGAAACGAGGCUGGGUGUGACCUUGUUUUGACAGAAAUCUUUCUUUUGAAGUGUGAAUCAUGUUCUUAUGCAUAUAAAUGGCAAUGACUUUUCCGUCAAAACAAAGUCAUUGCCAGCCGCUUUUCCACUCAAAGGCUAGGCUGCUUAGCUUAUUACAGCCUUGUAUCCUUUCUGUGGCUAUUAAGAACUUUUAGCUUACAAGCGUUCUGUUUUUCAACCUAAAUCCUCUAUUCUUUUCAUUUCAGUAUUGGUACGACUUGAAGGAGUACAAAAUAUACCGAGGUCAAAACACAAUUUACGUCCCUACCUCAAUAGAGACGGUAAGGCCACAUGUUCGAAAUGGAGCUGUUUUACCCUUGGGCAUUUCACUUUUAGUUAACGAUUUACAGAAAAUUUGUUUCAACUUACGUCCGAGAAGGGCUGUUUAGAGAAGACGCCGCCGAAUUUUUUGGUCGGACAAUUUCCAGUCUAAAGUGUUUCUCCAGCUCCUCAUCAGAUACAUCCUGUUUUUAGCAAAACUUUUCAAAAACUUGACCUUGUACCCUUUUGAGAGGAUGAAACUCAGUAGCAAGCGUUCCUUUGCAACAUCUCAGUUUGUUAUAGUUUGCACAGUUUCUAGGCGGCCGAAGAGCCAGGGUUUGAUGCGCCAUGAUUGUCCAGGAGGUUGAAAAUAAGUCACGAAGGUUUUGUCCAAAAAAGAGAACAUGGAAACGUGGCUCAUGACGCGGCUGACCUUUGCUGAUGAAGUAAAACUGCCAGUGAAAAUGUACUUGAUUCUCUGUCCCUUUGUUUCUCCCCGUGCGAGGGAAUGCAAGACAGUCUUGGAUUCUAGAUUUCACGCCGUGGAUUCUGUAUUCCAAGAACAUGUCACUUGAGCUUACAAAAUACUGUUGUGUCUUUCCUCCGAGAUCCAGUGAUGAUUACAGAGAAUGUCAAUCUAAGCAAUGCAUAGGAAGGUAAAUUACAAAAAGUGGAACAAAAUGUUUAAUUCUGGACUAGCGCUAAUCGGCCUUUCAGGAACCGAGGACCGGAUUCCAAAGCCCAGGAUUCCGGAUUAGGAAGGAGAACGGGUACUGAAACCUCUUGUGUUGUUUCAGAUUCCAUUGUUCCAGCGUGGUGGAAGCAUCAUUCCAACAAAGCAACGUGUCCGUCGGUGCAGUGCUCUGAUGCAUAAGGAUCCUUACACGCUCACCCUGGCUUUGAACUCUAAAGUAAGAUAAAAGGCUCAUUGUAUUAUGCUGCGAAGUUCAGGUUACAUUCGUGUUGGCUUGACCACCAAUACCGACUUCUGCGCAAGACUAUUUUCUUCGGAACUAUGUUCAACAAUGGAACCUCGAUAUAACGAAGGCUUAAGAGACUGUCCAAAUAUGCUUGCUUAAAACUGGUUUCGUUAUAUCGAGGAUUUUUCCAUGCAUUGUAGUAUUUCUGAGGCGAAAGAUAUCAUUCGUUAUACCGAGGACUUCGUUAUGUAAAGGUUCGUUAUAACGAGGGUCCACUGUAGACCACUCAGCGUUAUAGCGAGUCCUGGAAAGGCGGCGAGAGUGCCGUCUCUUCAAGUAGCACUCUGGGACUUUUUUGUGGGACGCAGCCUCUUUGGCGCGUGAGACUGGACCUGACUACAGGAAUGCUUUGUGCGACACUAUGGGUUCUUCUAUUGGUUAUUUUGAGAUUGCGUAAGAACCUGGGUCGAAUUUCAUCCCCCGAAUAUUCACAGAACUUACCCAGGAAAAUGUGAAACCUCAGAAAGUCCAAUUCCCGUUUUUAUCCCUUUCUGCCACUCCAGCCGGAAAUGGAAAGAAACCAACUACAAAAACCAGCAUAGCCAUUCGUUACCGCGGCGUCAAGUAUGCCCAUGACACUCGGGGUUUAUCAUAAGAUUAGUUUAAAAUUAUUGAUCUUUUCCUUUAAUAAAGAUGUCUUUCCUUCCAGGCUGAAGCCGAGGGAAACAUCUAUGUUGACGAUGGUCACACAUUUGAUUACAAGAACGGCGCGUACGUGUACAUGAAGUUCACAUUCCGUGGCGGACGACUGAUCGCAAAGUAAGAUCAUUUUUUUACUUUUGUCGUUUACUUACUUCUUAGUUACAGUCGGCGCCUAGAAGACGACAGAAUCAAAACAGACUCAUACAACUUUCUAGAUCUCUAACCUUCUUCAGAUCAGUAUCCAGUAUCUCGUCAUUCGUUCCUAUUAAACAAAGGGUUUAGUUUUUAAGGAAUUUGCCGUAAUACAGAGUGGAGUGAAACAGAAAACCGCUGGCGAACGACUGCGCGCACAUUGCCAGCUUAAGUAUCUCUCUCCAGUGACAAACUUUCAUUGGCUCACUUGAUAAGACCACAUUCUAGGACAUAUUUGAGCGUUUACAAUUUAAAACUUUCAUUGUUGAUCGACCUUUUCGUACAGUUGUUAUAGACGACUCGUUUUUGUGUAAUACCAAGUGAGUUAACAGCUGGCGUUUAAGACAAGGAUGUUUUUCGCUUCGCCUUUAGGAAUGUAUCCAAACCAAUCCCUCCUCAGCCUCCUUCUGAAGAAUCCGGGAUUUUAGCAUCUAUGUGGAAUUUGUUGUUAGUAGCUUUAUAACUUUCUUCUUUCUUUAUUUCUCAUUCAAACUGGUGACGAGCACAACCUCUAAGGGCUUUACAUCCGGGAGUUCAGAGAAGAACCAGUCGUUCUCAGUCCUCCUCUCACCCCCGUGGACUUGCGACUUUCCGUUUGUCGUUGUCGUGUUUGACUAAGAAGUUCAACUGUACCUAGAUAACGGGAGUCUUAGGUCUAGUCCUGCACAGUUCUAGGAGCCGAGCCAUAUCAUUUUGCUGUUGUUAUGUUUGUUUAUUUUUUUUCUUUUCUUUAUUUAAGGUUCUUUGUCAACACUUCUUCCAAUGACUUAGGGCCUGUUUACACAGGGGUGGGGGACCCCAGGUAGGUGGGGUAACCCGCUUAGGUGGGGUAACCCGCCUGUCCAUAUAAUCUCUCAUUUUAAUUUGAUGGCAUUUACAUGUUAGGUGGGGUGACCCACCACAUGUUACCUCACCUACCUGGGGUCCAUCACCUCCAGGUAAAUAGGCCCUCAAGCUCACAUCUUAAGCUCUUUGCUUUGUAAAAGCACUUAAUUUUGGGUGUUUUUUUUUUUAAUUAUUUUUUUACUCGUUUUUUUUUGUGUGUGUGUAGGAAAGAGAAGCCCGCCACUCAUUUCAAGACUGAUGCUUGGAUUGAGCGUAUUGUCAUUCUGGGAAUAAGCAAUUCUCCCAAAGUAAUCAUCCUUACUACUGAAGGUAUGCGGCAGUAGUUCUCAAAUACGUAUACCGCGCGCGAUUCCUAUCACAGCCGUUUAAUAAUAGCCCUCGAUCUCUGCCUCCUCCUUAGACGCUUCGUUUUUCGUAGAGGUGAGCGCGAAACGCGAGUGGCACGCGAGUGACUGGUGAUGAAGCGCAAGGGACCACGGGAGGAGAAAAAUUAGAGAGAGACGUCUGGCUACGAGGCAGCCUCGCUCUCAUAACCGGUUCACUUUCCCGAAAGAGCUGCAAUUCCAUCAGCCAAACUAGCAAAUAAUUGCCCCAUAUACCCUUGCCUUUGUUUGCUUCUGUUGUUAUAGGCUAUUUUAUAGUUGUGUGCUGAGUGCCCUAGCCUCUGAAUGAAAGCGAGGCUGCAGUUGACCUUUUUUUGUUACAAACCUUUCUGUUUUUGUUUUUUUUAUCUUUUUACACGAUUUGCACGCGAAAAGCAGGAAGGUUUGUCAGAAAACAAGGUCAGCUCUGCCUCAAGCUUCGAUUCCAUGUAAAGGCCAGCGCACUAAGCACACAACCGCAAAACGGCCGUUUGUAGCCCGCAUUCACCAUUUUUACAUAGACCAUAACGCACCUUGUUUACUCCACAAAAGUUUUGUGAAGCAAUGGUGAAUUUCGAGUGGAGAUGUAAGCGGUACACGCCUCCUUUCGGGUGUCACUCUCGCGUGAAUAGGACACUUCCUGGUUCCAAAAACCCUCACCUUCAAAAUGAGGCUAGGUGCACAACCUUUCCUGUGAAAAUGAGUUUUAUUUGCAUGAGAAUGAAAAAUGAUUUCCGUAUCAAAGGCUGAGCACCUACCCUCGUUUUGAAACAGAGGCCCGGGGGAACUCGGAAAUGGCUUAUUAGCAGGGUAGUACAUAUGUUACUCGGUUCAUAAAAGCUCUUUUAAAACCUUUCAAAACCUGUGAUGUUUACCGUUAACCGCUGUGUCUUGUCUGUUUUGUGCUAGGUGGUGAAACAAGACAUCUUCAAUUUAAACAUGACAGUUCCACAAACUCCAUGACCAUUAAGAAACCUGCGGUCAACAUAGCCCAGGAAUGGACAAUCUCUAUGCACGCUUAGGCUAUACAUUGCUGCUUGUGUUAAAUUAUUUUUUUUUUACACCAUCAAUCUCAUUUUUCUAGAAUUGCUUUCACUAUAACAAGACGGAACACUCUUUCGUCUAUAAUGGCGCACACUGGCAGGCUUGAAAAUCAUAGUACUUUUAUAACAACUGGUUUGAAGAAGAGAAAUAAAUCGAUUUGUAUAAAUUU